UUGGUUAUAUAUCGAAAAUAUUCUGGGACGCUUCUUUUUUGGCGGUGGUUCGUGAGUAUUUUAGUGAAAAAUAAAUAAUCUGUUACAAUGUUGGAUCACAAACAAACGGAAGAGUUGACGGAUCAUGAAGCCGAGUUAUAUGAUAGGCAACUUCGUCUGUGGGGCUUGGAUUCACAGAAACGAUUGCGAGCUGCAAAAAUUCUUUUGAUAGGAUUAGAUGGUUUCGGAGCAGAAAUUGCUAAAAACAUUAUUCUAGCUGGAGUUAAAAGCGUUACAUUUUUGGACCAUAGAAAUGCAAUCGAGUUGGAUAGAUGUUCGCAGUUCUUUAUUCCAAAAGAAGAUAUUGGAAAGAAUAAAGCUGAAGCAUCAUUGCCAAGAGCGCAAAACUUGAAUCCCAUGGUUAAUGUUAAUGCAGAUUCAGACAAGGUUGACGAUAAGCCUGAUGAAUAUUUUGGACAGUUUGAUAUAGUAUGUGCUAUGCAUUGUACUAUUACCCAGCUAAAGAGGAUUAAUCGAGCGUGCAGAAAUCAAAAAGUCAAAUUCUUUGCUGGGGAUGUAUGGGGAGGACUUGGUUAUGUAUUUAUAGAUUUACAAGAACAUGAAUAUGUAGAGGAUGUGUCAAAAUCAAAGAAAGUCACAAUACCGGAAGGUGGUGAACCUGUGGGUAAAGAAAAGAUUGAAACCAUAAUAGUUAGUGAAAAGCGCACGGAAACUUUUGUACCAUUUGAAUUUAUUCUAAAUGUUCCAAAAACAUCUUUAACUAAGGAGGAAGACAUCUACUAUAUGAUGCUAAUAUUGCUGAAUUAUCGUGAAAAGUAUGGUGAAGAUCCAUUGCCUAAUGAAAGAGGUUGUGAAAACCUGAAAAAUGAAGCUUCUGCCAUUAUUAAAAAAUAUGAGUUAGGCGAUAAAAUAAAUAAUUUAGUAGAGAGUGAUUUGUAUGGACAACUCAGUCCAGUUUGUUCUGUCGUUGGUGGUAUCGUGGCUCAGGAAAUAAUCAAGGCGGCUUCGCAGAAACACGCUCCACUCAAUAAUUUAUUUACAUUUAAUCCAGAUUCAUCAUGCGGAAUUAUUUUGAAAUUGGGUUAUUAAUCGAACGUGAUGUAUGGAGCUGAGUAUACUAAAGAUUUUCUAAUAAUA